AGCCGCCGGCGGGGCGGCCAUGUCGCUGCUGAGCGGGCCCCGAACGCGGCUCCGCGGCGCUGCCAGGAAGGGACCGAGGAAAGCGACGGUGGCCAAGCGGGAUUGGGACAAUACUGUCCACGAUUUGACGGUUCACCGUGCAACUCCUGAGGACAUCCUGCGUCGCCAUGAAAUACACAAAUCAAAAAACAAAGCACUGGCACAUCUGGAACUACAAGAGAAGACACUGAGAAGAAAAUGGAAAAAGCAAAAACAGCUGGCCCCUGAUUCUUUGGAGAAAAGGAAAUUGGCCCUAAUGCAUGAGAUUCUCUCUGAUCAAUAUGAUUUGCAAGAUGUAUUGAAACGGUCUGAUCAGGUUAUGGCUGUGGUAAAAGACAUGUUUGGGAAGGCCCCUCACACGCGAACAGGUUUCCCUAAUGUAACAAUGGCUCCUAACUGUGAUUUAGAAUCAUCUCAGGGACCCAUUGUACAAAAAUGGGAAUCUCCCACUCAGCUUUCCAUCCUUAGUGAAUCUGUCAUGGAUUCCCAGGCUCUUAAUGAGGGGGAAGAAGAAGAGGCAUUAUCCAUAUGCCAAUCAGAAAAUGGACAGCACGAAUCUCUGAAUUUCAAAUCCAGUAUCAAUUGUGACAGGCUACUUCGUAUAUUGAGAGAAGAAAAUUCCUCAGCAAAUUCUGAGUUGUGGGCUGAAAGGGAUUUGAGAAAAACUACUGUAUCACAGGAAAUACCUUUGACUCCAACAAUUGCAUCUUCAUCAUUGGAACAUUCAGUGAAAAGGAAACAAAUUGCACAGAAUUCUACACGGCAGAAGAGAGAUGAUUCUCCUGCUUAUUCAAUCCCCAUGGACCUUCAGAGGGACAGUAAAUCCAGCCUAGAUGUUCUCAGCUGCAUGAUACACGAAGUGGAGCAUGAAUUAGAGGAAUAUGAGCGAUGUACAGGACGUGAGGUUAAAAAACUGCAGAAAAGUGAAGGCGUCACCGGAUUUACCUUGUCACUGGUGAAUGCUCUCUGUCGUUUGAUGCGCUACCUCAAAGAGAGUGAAAUGCAACUGCAUGAGAAAGAGAUGAUGAGGCAACAUCAUGAAGAGAUGUUGAAUGAGCACAGAGAACUAAUUGAUGCUCUGACUGCUGAAAUACUUCUAGUAAGGGAAGAAAACAUUGCUAUACAGAAAAAGCUUCAGCAGUACAUAAUCGAAACAGAUGAAAAGAUGACUUCUCUCACACAAGCAUUUCAGGGCCUCCAUUUGGUAGAACCUAGAAGAGAGGAAAGUCCAAGCCAUUUUGGAAUUGCACAGAAAAGUCUAUCACGCAUCCAAGAAAAACCUGAUCCGAGCUAUUUUGAAUCCACGACUGAUGAAGGCAAAAGGAAUACUAUGGUGAAAUUCCCACAGGAAGAACACCCUGUCAACACUCCUCAGAGGCUAUGUGCCCCAGGUGAUGCGGCAGCAGGUAGAAUCUUGCCAGCUCAGGACUUCCAGCCAGCUGUACUGUUGUCACCACCCCGACAGAAGAACAGUCCGGAAUUGUCUCCCCUGCACAACAUAUUUACAACCAUUUCUCAGCCUGCUGAAAACACUGAGAGAGAGCCAUGCAAGGAGAGGAGCUCACCUUCCCCGCUAAGAACAUGGAGCAUGACUGAGGAAAAUUGUCUCAUGUCUCAAAGGCAACCAAUUCCUCCUGCAGACAAAGACUUGCAGAAUUCCCAAGAGAAAAUCAGUUUGUCCUGCCCUGGUGACACUACUAAAAAUGACACAGUUGGAGAGUUCUCUCAAAGCAGUGAUCUGCUGGGACAGAUAGCUGAGCUCACACGGCAGAACUCACUAAUUAAAGCUCAGCUGAGCAAAUUCAAAAGCUUCUCUGAAGACAUAAGUGACUGUCUGCCUCAUCCAGACCCAAUACAAAAUUCAAAUUCUUGUCCAGACUCUUCACAAGGGCAGACUCAUGUUGUGGGACCGAAGAGCUUGGAGGAAAGAAUAGCAGAGCUGAAUCGUCAGAGCACAGAAGCACGUGAUAAACUGCUGCAGCUAAUAGAUCAGCAGAAAUUAGCUGCUGUUGAUACAGUGUCUCAGAGAAUAUCUCCAGUUUUGCCCGCAUCCCGAAAUUGUACUGAAAAUGCAAGGAGGACAAUUGAAGUGUCUGUUCCUGUGGCAGCUUCUGUGGACAGCACCAAAGAAGAUAGUGUUUCCCCUGGCAGUGUGACCAGUAUGAGAAGGUCUGUAGGAGGUUCUAGCAAACCUUCUUCACCCCUAAGUACCACAUCAGAAAGUGUGACAUUAAAUCCUGUCAGUCAGAGGCCAAAGGCAGAAAAGCAAAAAGAAGAAGGCUGGUUUGCAUUGUCAAUGCAUAUUAUGUAAAGGAAGCUGUGCUCAAGUACUAUUAUUUAUUUAUUUUAAAAACUUUAUUACAAAUCACAUUUAUAUUACUGUAGUCUCCCUCUCUAGAUGUACACUUUAACUCUGAAGUGCUUUCCUGUGAAUUUAAAAAGGUCAAUAGUGCUUAAUGUAUUUGUGCCAUACAGAAUACUGUAGAAAGUCCUGGGGAUGAGUUUCCAGAACAGACACACUGUUGUAACAUAACUCCUUUUCUCUGAAUAAGCCUUCCAUAAAUUUGCAAACUAGAGCUGGUGUAGCAAUGAGCUAUUAUUGUAUCUGUGGGUUGUAUUACAUGAAGAAAAUGUUUGAGAAACUUGAAAUUUUUGGAGCAUAUAUUUUUACAAGAUAAGGGAUUGAAAAAAAAUGGGAAACUGAGAUGAGGGACUGCACAUACAUAUUCAAAAGCAAUGUGUGGAUCAGGAAGCCAGUCUGUUCUGCUGGAUAAGAAUUUGCUUUGGAAAUUACUUGCUCCUUCUGUGCUUUAUAGUUGCCCCCCAAAAUGGUGUUUUCUGUUGCAGUUAACAUAUCAAGGAUUGCUUCUGAACUUGAGGAUUGCUUUUUUAAAAAAAUUAAGUAUUUUUUAUAACAAGCAUAACUUGACUAGUGGAAGUUGAAUUAAGAGUUUCUUUUUGUAACAUGCUGAAGUAUCAUCUCUGAUACAACAGAAAACUGAUAUGAGUACAGUUGUAUUAAGGUAUUCUGGUGUGUGUGUGUGCAUACAUGUAUGUUGUUUGUGUGUUGUUUUUAUUUGACUUUUUUAAAUGGCCGUCAUUUUAGAAUUAAUGUUAACCAAUAAAAUCUAGGAUUAUCACAAAAUGCUUGUAUGCUUAAUCCUUACAUUGUAGUAAACUCAGGCAAAAACCUUGACAAUCUAGAUAAAAAAUGAAAAAGUCA